CUUAAAUCUCUGUACAAAAUGGAUGGUAGAUAGAUGUGUGCCAUCUGAUAAAUGCGCGGAUGCGCCUUAUAAUUUGCCAUCAAGUUUAGGGAACCCCUUUUAUGGCCGCUUCCAAAUUGCUGGCUGGCUCCAUAGCACUCGUAUUACUUUCAUUCUUUGCUUCCUCAGCCAUUGGAGCAGUUUGUUUUCGGAGGAGAAAAAGGAGGCUGGGUCUUGAGGAUAAACUCCGAGAGCUUGAACAGGCCCUGAAAACAGCCUUAGAAAACUGUGCUUCUGAAAGGCGGGGCCGCAUUAGAGCUCAGCAGGCAUUGAGGGAAGAUCUGGCCAAAGCUUGUUCUAAUGAUUCAGACUUUAACUCAUAUCCUAUGACACCUAUAGCUACCGUUCAAUCAUGCUUCUCUACAAGAAAUGGAACUCCAAGACAACCUCUAUUAGUACCCCUUGCUAGAGCACGCCUAUUGUUUAAUCAAACCCGAGUUCCACCAGCUUCUCUUGAGGGUCUUGAAGGAUAUUCACAUUGCUGGAUAGUUUAUGUGUUUCAUCAAAAUACAGAUCUAGAGAAGUUAUGGAAGAACCCUUCUUGCUCGAAGUUCAAGGCAAAGGUAAGAGUGCCAAGGUUGAAAGGCGGGAGGAUGGGUGUCUUUGCAACCAGAUCUCCACAUCGUCCAUGUCCCAUUGGGCUAACAGUUGCGAAGGUGGAGUCGGUGUGUGGGGGUGCUGUUAUUCUUUCUGGCAUAGAUCUGGUUGAUGGCACUCCUGUUCUCGAUGUCAAGCCCUAUCUUCCAUACUGUGACAGCAUCGUUGGAGCUACAUUGCCUGAUUGGGUUAAGGGGGAUGAGGUGUUGGCUGUAUCUUCCAUUAACUUUUCGGAGGUUUUCUCUACUAGCCUGAGUGCUUGUUGGCCAAUAAUGGAAAAGAAAUCACUUUAUAGUUCAAGUCAUGAAUUCCAAUGCUUGAUAAGACAAGUGCUUUCAUGGGAUAUACGCUCGGUCUCUCAAAGAACCCGACCUCGCAUUUCUACGGUGAGGCCUGACGGCAUUGGGGGUGAGCACAAUCAGGAUCUGGCAAACUCCGCUGAUCUAACAAUGCCAGAAGAAAAGAAUGAAGAUGUGAACAGUACUAGUAGUGAUAACAUGUAUCACCUUAUUUUGGAGGGCUUGGACAUUUCAUACAGAAUUGACUGCAGUGGCAAUGUUCUUGUCGAGAAAGUAAACCUCCCGCCUUGCUCUAAAUCUGGUAAUGCAGUUGCUAAAAUUUUGUAAUCAGAAAUUACUUGGGGUCUAACGCAGCUGCAAUACAAGGGUUGAAAUAGUAAUUUCACUCUUUCAAUGGAUCGCAAUGACGACUAACAACUUUCGUGCAAGCUAAUGUUGAUUUAUCCCCACCUUGCAUGUUGCGUCUACAUUUAUUUUUCAUUUGUAAUGAACUGAAUAUUACUAGUAGAAAAUGAGUUCAAGUAAUGUCAUUUAUUGCAUAAAGAACCAUAAGAAUACAUAAUUUUUUUUUGACCACAGAACUAAGCACUUUUAUUAAAUCAAAAGAUCAUUCGCCAAAAGGCUUACAAUGCAAUCCGGAAUUAAACUAUAACUCCAAGCCUGAUCUGAGAUGGUAACGUGCGAUCUUGCCAAGGCAUGAGCCACAGUGCCACACGAUUCGCAGAUCGAUUACAAAAAGAGAUCAUGUAACUAUUCUUUUUUUGAAGUAAAAAUCGAAUAUCAUCAAUAAUGAGAUCUAUAUAGCUGGAUCCACCGCCUGAUUGUACACCUCUGACGAUGGCCUGCGCAUCCAUUUCAACCUCGACGUUCUCCCAUUCUGUCGCUAUAGUUGCCUGAAUUGCCUCCUGAAUUCUGAAAGCUUCUGUUUCUAUCGGGGACUAGUCCGCUCUGCAAGAGCCUCCCCCUGCCUUCAUAAAAUCGCCCUGCUCAUCCCUGGUGACCCAGACUCAAGCUCUAACUCCCCCUGUAUGAUCAACCGUUGCGUCGACGUUUAUCUUGAUACCUCUCUCCUUUGGCCUCUUCUAGCGUUAAUUCUUCUCUCUUCCUUCCAAACUUGGCUUCGCUUUGAUAUGUUGGGCAGCUCUCCAAGCCUGAAGAACACUAGCACUGCAAUUAAUGACACUUUCCGUAUUUUGCCAAUUGUUUUCCCAAACAAACUCGUUCCUCCUUUUCCAUAAACCCCAGGUCAGCAUAACAAUUUUGCACCUCCUAUCUUUAUCGGGGUCCACCAACGCCUCCUGAAGCCAGUCCUUCAGAGACAUCUCCCCACUGCCAGUAGCAAUACUAGCCGCCGACCAGACCGCAACUGCGUGCGGGCAACUCCGGAGUGCAUGGUCUGAAGAUUCGUGGUCUUGUGCACACGCUUUGCACCUGUUUAGCACCGACAUACCUCUUCGUUCCAGAUUUGCAAACCAAGGAAGAAAAUCAUCCAGGACCUACCAAAUAAAGUAUUUAAUUUUUGGAGGGACUUUAAGAUCCCAAAGUCCUUUCCAGCCGACCCAGCCCCCUCCUGUCACUCCGGGCAUCAAGGCUUUGUAGCAGCUUUUCACCGAAAACAUCCCAUUUUGCUCUUUACUCCACCAAAAUUCAUCUCUUUUGUCAUGGAUGCUAAUAGGGAUGCUGCUUAUGAUUUUACGCUCUUCCUCAUUAAAGAUAUUUGCUAUCCUCUCCAGAUUCCAUCUUGUGCCAGUAGCAUCCCUUAAAGCCGCAACAUUCAUAUCUGCAAUGUCAUUUGGUUUGGCAGAGCGUACCCUGCCAUCCCCUGGCCCUGGUAGCCAGGCGUCACCCCAAACCUUAACAUUUAUGCCAUUUCCAACUCUCUGGCGGACAUUAUUUUUUAGAACAUCUUGUGAUUCCCAUAUACUCCGCCAGAUGAAUGAAGGAUUGGUGCCAAGCUUUGCCUUUAAGAAGUUAGAGUUAGGAAAAUACCUCGCUUUUAACACCUGUCCCAUCAAGCUACCAGACUGAGAAAGGAGCCUCCAUCCCUGCUUGGCAAGCAUAGCAAUAUUAAAUUCCUUGAGUUUCCUGAAGCCCAAUCCUCCGAAACCCUUUGGCUUACACAUGAGUUCCCUUCUCCACCGAAUUCCUCGCUGAUCAAACUUAGACCCCUUCCACCAAAAUCCAUUCAUUAGUUUUUCAAUUUCAUCACAGAGAUCCCGCGGUAGUAGAAAGACAUUCAUGGCAUAUGUUGGCAUAGUCUGCACCACAUUUCUUAACAACACCGCUCUACCAGCUCGAGAUAAGAAUCUAUUGUUCCAGCUCUUGAUCCUCUGAAAUACUCGAUCGCGUAAGAAUCUGAGAAUGGCAGAUUUUCCUCGCCCUACCAGACUUGGUAGCCCGAGAUACCUCUGUUGGCCCCCUUCCUGCAUUACCCCGAAGAAAUUACAGCAGUGCUCCUUAAAAGCAUCAGUAAUGUUGUUACUAAAAGAAAAAGUAGACUUGCUGAAGUUCACCGCCUGCCCCGAGUUCUCCUCAUAAACUUGUAGUAAAUUUUUAAUAAUGAUACAUUCUUGAGCAGUGGCUCUGAAAAACAGGAAGCUAUCAUUAGCAAAGAAAAGAUGAGAAACUCGCGGUGUUCCUCUGCAGACCGCAACUCCAUGAACAUCACCUCGUUGUUCCGCUUUCAGGAUAAGAGCACUCAGGCCUUCUGCAACCAGAAUAAACAAAUAGGGAGACAAAGGGUCCCUAUGGCGUAAACCCCUUCCCGGACAGAUAGGUCCCAAAAAUUCACCAUCGAACUGAACAUAGUAAGAGACCGUCCUGACACAUUCCAUUAUCAUCUGGACCCAUCGUCCCCUGAAGCUCAUCUUAUUUAAAAUACCUUCUAGAAAACGCCAAUCCACCCUGUCAUAAGCCUUGCUGAUAUCCAGUUUAAGAGCGACAAAACCUUCUUUCCCACUGUUUUUUCUUUUUAAAUAAUGUUGGGUUUCAAAUGCCACUAUAAUAUUGUCAAUAAGAGAUCGCCCUGGCACAAAAGCACUAUGACUCUCCCCCACCAGACUACUCAGUAUACCAUUCAGCCCGUUAGCCAAAACUUUAGCAAAUAUUUUAUAAACCACAUUGCAUAAGGCUAUCGGCCGCCAAUCACCCAUGUUGUCCGGUUUGUCUUUCUUAGGUAUUAGAACUAAAUUGGUGAUGUUAAUGUUAACAGCAAGGGUACCUGAUUCAAACAUUUGAGCACAUAGCGCGGAUAUUUCAGGCCCUGCAACAUCCCAAUACGCUUGAAAGAAAGCUGGAUUCAUACCAUCCGAUCCUGGCGCCUUCCCCGGAUGCAUAUCAAAGACCGCCUCCUUUACCUCCUCCGGACAUAUCGGUUUCAAUAAAAUGUUGUUCUGGUCUUUAGUCACAUGCGAGAAAUCCCCGUAAAUUUCCACAGCUCGGUUCGCUCCCGGGGCCUGAAAAAUAGAUGAAAAAUAAUUGGUUAUUAAAGAACUCAUCUCGCUUCUGUCCGUGACCCAGGCUCCAUCAGGUGCUUUCAAUCCUGGUAUUCUGUUCAUUCUCUUGCGGUUUUUAACAGCAUUGUGGAAAAAUCGGGAAUUUAUAUCUCCCUCCUUGAGCCAGAACUCUUUAACCCUUUGUUUCCAUAAUAAGUUCUCCUUUUCCAGCAGGAUCUGGAGCACGGUUCGGACCCUCAGGAACUCACAUAUGCUUUUCAUGUCCUCUUUUCCCCUCAGCCACGAUAACCUCUUUUUGCAGUUUAGGAUUUGAUGCCUAAAGCCCAGUUUCCUGCCCUUGUCCCAACGUAGUAGUUGUUUACCGCAAAAGGCUAUAUGCUCGCUAAUACCCAUAUGGGCAACCGCCCCCCAACUGUUAGAAACUAUCGUCCGACAUUCUUCUUCUUUGACCCAAUUAUUUUCAAAUUUAAAUCUUCUCUUACCAUUGCCUUGGCUAGAAGUUUUGAACUUCACAAGGAGGGCGUACCCCUACCUCAGCUUGGGCAUCCAGAAAAGUGUCCCACCAAUCGUCGUUAACCAGUAUCUGAUCGAGUUUUUCCUCCACCCAGUAUGGCGUACCCCUACCUCUGUCCCAAGUCCACUGGUAUCCCGAGAAAGGAAGGUCUCUCAAUCCGCAGCUCUUGUCAGCCUCCCGAAAGCCCCGUAGCCUCCACGGCAGGUGAGGGAUGCGCCCCUUCUUUUCUUAUUCAUAUAGUAUAUCAUUGAAGUCCCCGGUCAUCAUCCACGGUCCAUUACCAUUCGACGCCAGCCCUUCCAUCAUGGCCCAUGCCUCCCGUCGCCCUCGGGUCUCCGGGAAACCAUAGUAACCAGUCAAACGCCAUGCCCCGCCACUGGUCUGCGUCCUGACUCUGCAAUCGAUGUAAUUCCUCUCGCCCUGUACAAUUUCGACUUCCAUAUCGUCCUUCUAGCCCAGUAAGAGACCCCCGCUCGUGCCAUCACUAUCAAUACCAAACGCUUCCGUGAAACCCUACCGUCGAAACAGGUCCUUCGCUCUGAGGCAUCGGACUUCGGUCUCCAUCAGGAAGACGAGAGAUGGCCUCGCUGUUUGCAGCAGGUCAACAAAGCAUUGGAUCGUUGCAGGGUUAUCAAGUCCUCUGCAAUUCCAACUGAGAAUACUCAUCCUCUUCAAGCCCCUAUCGUUCGUUGAGCCAGAGAAACACCACCGGACAGGCUGCGCCACCGAUAAACACUCCUAGCAAACCCUAGAGACGGCCGCUCGACUCGCGUGUGUAUACUAUGAACUCGUUUUAUAACACUAACUGGGUGAGAACCUUAAAG